UGUAGACUUUUAGCUGGGCUAGUUUGCAAUUAAAGUUAGGAAGUCCCGGCUAUUUGAUUGGAAACCCAGAACCGAAAACUACCCCAAGUAGGCAUUUUCUCUUCCACUUUUCAAAACCAAAGUCUUCCUCUGGGAAAUUUCCAUUCUACUCCUCUUGUUUCUGCCCUGUUCUGUUAUUGUUUUGUCUUUUCUUUUGAAUUUUCAAAUCCGUCAACAAUGCAAUUAGGGCCGUUGAUCUCAAAGACAACCACGCUUUGAAGCAAACGAAUGCUCGAGUUUGACAUUUCGUCGCCUACCCAGUUUCUUCUUCUUUCCCUUGUAGUUCAAGAUUCUACCAUAAACUCUGGUUCUUCUCCAGCUUUUCCUAUGUGGGUUUUGCAAUUUCUUGCUCUAUAAUAGCUUGGUUCAAAGUAUAAAAUUUUUCUACCUGUGGCGGCAGGAAGCUCGAAAGUUUUUAGUUAAUGGGCGUCAACUAGAACAAAGUUUUGAUGGGUCAAUCUCAGUUUGGAGAUUGGAUCAAGUUUUCGUUUUUAUUAAUGGAAACUUACAGAUUCUUUCUUUAUGAAUUCUGUGAAGCUAUGGAUGCUGUAAUUGUUAUAUGAAACUGGGUUUUGAUUCUUUUUAUUCUAUUUUUAGCGCUAUGGCUUCCAACAAGAAACCCCGUUUAAAAGAUAAGCCUGCACUUCGCCGCUUUCUUUUAGUAGUUUCUAUUACGCUGUUGGGGGUUUUUUUAUUGAUUAUUCACAUGGGAAAAGAUUCAAGAUCCAAAUCUUCAUUUGAAUUGGAUGAGGAUUCUUCUUAUAAGUUUAACUAUUCUCAGUUUGGAGAAGAACUUAACCUCCCCAAGCAAAAUACAUUGUCCAUUGAAUUGGAAAAACGAAACCAGAUGCCCCCUAGAAAUAGAGAUCUAUAUCCAAGAUUAGCCAAGGAUCAUACAACCAUAGUUCUAUAUGUACACAACCGACCCCGAUAUUUGAAAGUAGUUGUCGAGAGCCUAUCCCGGGUAGUUGGAAUAAGUGAAACUCUGCUGAUAGUUAGCCAUGAUGGUUAUUUUGAAGAAAUGAACGAGAUUAUUGAGAGUAUCAGAUUUUGUCAAGUCAAGCAGAUAUUUGCUCCUUACUCUCCCCAUGUCUUCCUUGAUAGCUUUCCUGGAGUCUCGCCGAAGGACUGUAAAGAUAAGGAUGAUGCAGAAAAGAAACAUUGUAAUGGGACUCCUGAUCAGUAUGGAAACCACAGGUCUCCAAAGAUCGUGUCAUUGAAGCAUCAUUGGUGGUGGAUGAUGAACACUGUUUGGGAUGGAUUGCAAGAGACAAGGGAAGACUCGAAUCAUAUUCUUUUCAUUGAGGAGGACCACUUUAUUUAUCCCAAUGCAUACCGUAACUUACAGAUGCUUACGGCAUUGAAGCCUAAAAAAUGCCCUGAUUGCUAUGCUGCAAAUUUAGCACCUUGUGAUGUGAAUUCAAGAGGAGAAGGUUGGGAUAGUUUGGUUGCAGAGAGAAUGGGAAACGUGGGUUAUGCUUUUAAUCGGACUGUUUGGAGGAAAAUCCAUAAAAAGGCAAGAGAAUUUUGUUUCUUUGAUGAUUAUAACUGGGAUAUAACGAUGUGGGCAACGGUAUAUCCCUCCUUUGGUGGUCCUGUUUACUCAUUGCGAGGGCCUAGAACAAGUGCAGUUCACUUUGGAAAGUGUGGUUUGCAUCAGGGCCAAGGAGUGAAAAAUGCUUGCAUUGACAAUGGUGGUGUAAAAAUCGAAGUGGAUAAGAUAGAUAAAGUUGUCAACAUCAAACCAGAAUGGGAGGUCCGGGUCUUUGAGAAUCAACCAGGGUAUAAAGCUGGGUUCAAGGGCUGGGGAGGCUGGGGAGACGAGAGGGACCGCCAAUUGUGCUUGAAUUUUGCUCGUAUGUACCACCUUGAAGACACUGCUUCUAUGUGAAGAGUUGCAUUUUUGGUAUCUUAUGUUAUACAACUGUUGUAACUGGUGAAUCUAGCAUAGUUUCUGAGUAAUUUAACAUAUAUAGCCCUCUAUUUGGUGUAAGAUUUAACCCAUUUUGGUGUAUUGUUUCUUCCAAAAAGUUGCUCUAAAAGAUAUACACUUCUCAUAUCUUUUUGCUGAAA